AUGUCCUUUGCCUCCUCUUCAUUGUCUUCUUCCCCCUACGUGACGACGAAUCACAAUCAUUUAAUCUCUCAACAACAAUGCUAUCCAAUCAGCAUCAAUAAUCUAUCUCAUCACCACCACCACCACAUGAUAUUCUUGCAACCCUCUGUACCAAACCAACAACAACAACAACACACUCCACCUUCUACAUGUUUUGGAAUGAUUUUCCAACCAAUCACCACCACAUGCCAUCCCAAUGCCAACUCCUCCAUGUCAUCCUCUCCUUCUCAGAAACCACCAGGGUGCUGCUCUCUCAUUCAUCAUCGAGUCAUUAAUCCAAACAUGGCGAUGAUGAUGAAUGUUGUUGACAACUUCACCCAUGUAUGGAUGAAUCCAUAUAUUCCCACUUCCUCUCCAACCACAUGUGAGAGUACAAGUUCCAACAUGGAGAUGAUGGAGAUGCCAGACUCUGCUUCACCUCAAAUGUACAAUCACGAAGCGUCCUCAUCAUCAUUGUUAUCUUCUCAACAACAACAACAAUUUGGACAAGCUCUCUAUAACGUGUUGAUGAUGAAUGGAAGAGAGGAGAAUCUCACAAAUACAACCACUUCUGAGAAGUAUGUCGUUGCUGAAUGUCGUCUUGCAACUCCUCAUGAGGUUGUUUCUCCAAUCAUCCGUACGAGUGGUCAAAGCCAUUCUUACACUUCAAUAGUCGAACGAACAAAUGAUCCUCAAAUUGGACAUUCAGCUGAAUCUACAAUGUGUGCAAACUUGGUUUCUCACUCUUUUCACCCACCGUCACAACCAGUUCAAGAAGAAUUUCAAGAAACAAACAGCAUGCAUGCUCCAUCAAUAACAACAAGCUUCAACCACGACAAACUUGUAUUAUCACAGAAGGAGAAGAAGGAUGAUGAAUCAUUGAAAGAGUCAAAGACCACCAACAGCAGGAUGAAAAAACCAAAAUCCACCACUCAAUGUCAUAAUUGCAAAACUGAGCGUUCACCCUUGUGGAGAAAGCAUCCAGAAAACGGAAAGAGUUUGUGCAACAAGUGUGGUCUAUUUCUCCAACGUUAUAAGAAGGAUCGACCUAUUCAAGAGGAAUACAUGAAAGCAGGUCGAAAGAAGAGAGUUAAGAAUGAUUCAUUGUUGGAGGAAGAGAAUCAAUCAUCGUCUCCAACGAACACAACAGAUUCACAUAUGCAUCUUAUCACUCCAACAAACAAAUCAUCCAACAACAACAAGAAACGAACCAAAGAUCACAAGGAAGAGACUGAAACAACCGUCAAGAAAGCAAAACGAACACAAGUCAACUCCACAACACAAUCAGAGGACAACGAAAACGAUGUCAAUAAGACGACAACUGCCAUAUCAAGUAUCUCCACAACGCCAAAAUUGGAACACACAACGACCACAUCCCCAUUUUCACAAACCUUGUCUUCAUUGAGUCAGUCAACUGUGUCGGCUUCCAGUUCGCUUUCCAAUGAAUCUUCUUCUCUCGUAAUGUUGAAGAAACAAUUUGAAGAAGCAAUGGUUUUAUUUCCUGAUUUAAUGCAAACGUUCGUUUCCAUUAUUAGAAAGAGCGAGAACUGCAAGAAUAUGGGAGAGACUUUUCAAGUGUCAACACCUGUUGUCAUGAAUCAACAAACUUUUUUCCAACAAUGA